AUGUUUGCUCUGUUUCCUCAGGUGAUAUUGCAUCCACUCAGACCACGGAUGACUGCAGCGCAGGGUGGUGUAUGGGUGGCUGUUAUCUGGAUAAUGGCCAGCUGCUUUUCCCUUCCACAUGCAAUCUACCAAAAACUUCUGACUUUCACCUACAGCCAGGAAAUGGAGCGCAGCCUGUGUGUCCCAGAUUUCCCUGAGCCAUCAGAUGUCUACUGGCAGUACAUUGAUCUACUGACCUUCAUCCUGCUUUACAUGCUGCCACUCCUUAUCAUCACAGCCUCCUACACCACAGUAGCUCGCCGGCUGUGGCGCCACAACGCCAUCGGCGACACAACAACAGCUCAGCACGCCACCCAGAGAAGGAAGCGCCGGAGAACAUUAGCCAUGCUGCUUUUGGUGGUUGGUGUAUUUGCUAUAUGCUGGUUUCCACUCAACUGCUAUGUGGUGCUGCUAUCCAGCCAAGCCAUCCACUCCUCCAACGCUCUCUACUUCUGCUUUCACUGGCUUGCAAUGAGCUCCACCUGCUAUAACCCCUUCAUCUACUGCUGCCUGAACCCCACCUUCCGUCAGGAGCUGCGGCUGCUCCUUGACAGGUGCCGACUCAAACGGAGAGCCGCAGUUGGGUUAGAGCCAGAGCGAGGCCCUGUGAUCGCCUGUGCUCCAUGUCACAGAGCUGCGUGGCCCGACAACCAUGAGUCCUCAAGGCCGAGCAAUGCUUUGUCCCACCCAGGCCAGGGGUCAUUGCAGCAGAGUCAGGCUUCCUCUAGUCAGAGUCACAACCUGAAAGAUGCACAUGUGCUAUUCACAGCCAGGCAACCCCUCACUGGGAGGACGGACAUCCUCUCAGUGGAACCUAUUGUUGCCGUGAGAUAACUAGACACAGCUGCCACUGUGCUGAGGAGUAUUUAAGAUUGUA